CUUCAGACCGGAAACUCAUUCUUCGUUUCCGGGUCGUACUUUAAAAACUAGCCCUGGAAAGUGUUUUGCUCUGUCGUUCAAGCUGUUCAAUGUGUUUUAUUUUGAAAGUUAAAAACAGAAAUAGCAAUCUGGCGUAUGCAAACGCCGUGCAUGUUUUAUUUUAUUUUUUCAACCUGCGUUCGGGAUGACGAGCUAUUAGUUUAAUGUCGCGGCUACCGCACUGGCAAGCGGAUGAGGUAGCUAAAAAAAUAAAUGCAACCGUUUACAUUGUACAUCAUUUUACCAAAAGCCACCCGGAAACAAUGAGAACAUCCUCAGUGCAAUGUUAAGGCUGCUAGCAUGCCUUUAAUCUGCGACCAAUGCUUAACAUCAUGGUGAUGGCGGACGAGUGAGGUCUUGGUGCAUAACACACACAUAUACACACACACACACACACACACACACACACUUCCUCCAUGGAUUCCAGCAAUGAUGACACUCUGGAUAUCAUCAUCACCAAUGUGGUGGCAACGUUCAGGACCAGGUGCCACCUCAACCUCCGCACCAUUGCUUUAGAGGGCACCAACGUCAUCUACAAGCCGGAGGUGGGGAAAGUUCUCAUGAAGCUUCGUAAGCCCAAGAUAACUGCCUCUAUCUGGUCCUCAGGGAAAAUUAUUUGCACAGGAGCAACAAGCGAAGAAGAGGCCAAGCUGGGCGCUCGCAGGCUGGCACGUUGUCUGCAGAAAAUUGGCUUCAAGGUGAAAUUCUCAGCCUUCAAGGUGGUAAACGUGCUGGCCGUGUGCUCCAUGCCCUUUGCCGUCCACCUGGUCGACUUCACUAAGAAGAACCGGCCCAUCGCCAGCUAUGAGCCAGAGCUCCAUCCCGCAGCCACCUACAGGAUCAAACACCUCAAGGCCACCAUCCAGGUGUUCUCCACCGGCAGCCUCACAGUGACAGGACCAAAUGUGCAGAAUGUGGCCACAGCUGUGGAGCAGGUGUACCCGCUCCUCUUUGAGUGCCAGAAGCCGCUCUGCAAAUGAGGGAAGGUAGACCGUGGAGAAAGCUCCAAAAUGGUGGACUGUCUUUUCUUUUGAAUUCAUUUUGAACAGACCUGAACAGACAAACAGGCUGGUUUCUCCAUACACAUUCUUCCGGACUUACUGGACAAAUACCACUCCAGGAUCAAUUGAUUUGCUUGGCUGUCUUCGUGCUUCGCCCAUUUUGGCUGCAUGCUUGCAACCCAUAUUUGUGUGCACAAACCUUUUUUUUAACCUUUUUUUUGUCUUCCUGACUUGUGGAUGAUGAUGAUGCAUCACAAGGAAGAAAAGAGUCUAAGCACCAAUGGCAAACGAGUCCCAAAGUCAACUCUGGCACUGAAGCUUGUUUUCGCAUCCAUGGAUAGAAGCUAUUUUCUUUAUUCAUGUUGUCCCUCCAGCUAUUUACUCAACAGUUUGCCACAGCAGUGACAGAUGAGAACACUAAAAUGUUCCACAAGUUCACUUCUUGUACAUUUCUAUAACACUAACUGUAAAUUGUAAAUAUUUCAUUUUUUUAUUUUAACUGCUACAAACUGGUCUGUCUUGCUCAAAUAUGAGCUGUUUUGGUUCAAGUGGUGCUGACAACAACAACAACAACAACAACAAACACCAACACGAAGACACAUAACUUAUGCUGAUGAACUCACUGAAUUUACCUACCAUAACAUGCAAACAUUGCCUAAUAGGGGUGUCACAAGAGCACAGGUCACAGGAUGUCGCGUGAUUCAAAUCGUGUUAAGUUUUCUUGUUCAGAAAAGAAAGUGUCCUGGGCACUAGGUCUGGGACAAUAAUAAAUUCAUUAAUCGCACAAUAAAUGAAAAUGAGCUCAAACAUUUAUUGUCAUGUGCAUGCGUGUCUGUUUUCCUCGUUACCUCCAAACAGGCAGGAAGAUGGUUGACUCUGUUGGUUUCACUGUCUCAGCACGUUUGUUCCAUAGAACAACGGCAUGAACGGAGCUCUUUUGUCAGUCAUACAGUCGUUUUGUCUCGAUGGGUGGAGACGGGGCCGCUAGCAUACACACCCAUGUAUGCGCGGAAGAGUGUAACGUAGUAGAAAUGAUAUUAGUAGACUGCGGUACAUUGUCAUACAGUUUUUCAUUGUGCUUUUCUUCAAAGUCGUCUGGUGACACCCCUAUUCAAGUCUUCAAGUUUAAAUGGAAGCCAAGUGCUGAUGGUGAGUGUAACGCUCGUUAUCUGUGGCAAGGUUUUCAACCACUCACUAUUUGAGUAUUAUAUACAGUACGUAUAUCUGAUUAUUUUGUAUUUUGUAUAAAAAUAAAGACUCAUAAUAAA